UUUCUUGGGCAUAAUGUCGCCUCUUUCAAGCGUCUGGCUCCUGCUCCAUAUCGUCUUUUUUUGCUUCCUCUUCCCUCCAUUUCUCUGUCCUAUUCAAGCUCAGUUCCUACAGGCACCCAGGGCUUCACCCAGCCUCUUCCUCUUCACCCAAUUAUCUUAUAAUGCUUCCAUUUCGGAGAACUCUGCAGCAAGGACCUACGCCAAGAGCGAAGUCAAAAUGGGCAUUAUUCUCAGACCACCCCGAUCCCUGGACAUUAGGUACUCCAUCGAGUCCGGGGAUAGCGAGGGUAUAUUCCAGGCGGAGGUGUUUGUGAUGGGUGACUUUGGAUUCCUCCGUCUACGCACUAAUGGAGGUAGUGUUCCCAUCUUGAACCGAGAGGUGCAGGAUAACUACACCCUCACAAUAAAAGCGUCCUCUCCAGGGUCUCUUGAGGCCUAUGCGAGUGUUUUCAUCAAGGUCCUUGAUACCAACGACCUGCGGCCGCUGUUCUCCCCCACCAGCUACUCCAUCGUGGUCCCUGAGAGCUCCCCUCUGGGGGCCAGCAUAGGACGGGUCACAGCGACCGACGCGGACGUGGGCUCUAACGGAGACUUCUACUACUUCUUCAAUAACAGAGUAGACUCUUUCACUGUCCACCCCACCAGCGGCGUCCUCACCUUGACCGGCCAACUACGACAGGAAGUCCAAGGGCAGUUUGACUUGGAAGUGCAGGUGGUCGACCGUGGGUUGAAGCUCUACGGAAAUAACGGCGUCAGCAGCACGGCCAAGCUGGUUCUGACAGUAGACCGAGUCAACGAGUUUGCCCCUGUGCUCGCCGCCACUGUGGUCACCCCAUCGUGGUCGCAGAAGGACCAGGUUUACGUGGUGUUGACGGUGGAGGACGGAGACGAGGGGGCUGCUGGCGAUGUAGAGUGGGUGACCAUCACCGACGGGGACCCAUUGGAACAGUUUGUUGUCGACAGAUCUCCGGUCAAAAACGAAUACAGAGUUAAAACCUCUGAACUGCUGGACUGGGAUCUGUUCCCCGAUGGCUUCAACCUGACCUUCCAGGCCAAAGACCGGGGCACCCCCGCAAAGUUCUCAAACACACAGUUUGUUCAACUGUUGGUGAAAAAGCCAGAGCCAACCGUGGUGGAAUUUGAAAAAAGUGUUUACAAAGUAAAGCUGAGUGAGUUAGCCCCUCCUGGCACUUUUGUAGGCAAGGUGCGAAUAUCUCCUCCUCCCCUGAUUGUCAAUUACAGCUUCACUGCCGCCUCAGAUCCAAUUUUCCUUGAUUUAAACCCUUUGACUGGAAUUAUCGUGACCACACAGCCGUUGUCAAUGAUAUCCCCCGAGACUAUGGAGCUGGAGAUUAUUGAUAUUAUUAGUCAGCUUCAAACCAAGCUGCAAAUCACCAUAGAGGAUGCUAAUAAUAACCCCCCAGUGUUCACCCAGGCCUCCUACGAUGUGGACAUUAACGAGAGUUUACCAUUGGACACGGUCAUCCUGGUGGUUUCUGCCACCGACGCUGACAAAGCAGAGAACGGAUAUGUAAGCCACACAAUCUCCGGCCUGCAGUCCGUACCUUUCGCCAUCGAUCAGAACACGGGAGAAGUCCGGGUUAUCAGAGAUCUGGAUUUUGAAACAUCUGCGGAUACUUAUACGUUUGCAGUGCGAGCCUCUGACUGGGGUUCUCCAUACAGAAGGGAGAGUGAGGUCAAUGUCACAAUUCGCCUGGUUAACAUAAAUGACAACAGGCCUCUUUUUGAGAAGGUGUCCUGCAGAGGUAUGAUAGCUCGGGAUUUCCCUGUCAACAAAAACAUCCUCACUCUUUCCGCCAUAGACAUAGAUGAACUCGGGUUUGUGCGGUACCGUAUAUUGUACGGUAAUGAACUUGACUACUUCACGUUAAACCCAGACACCGGAGCCCUGUCGUUGCGGCGAUCUCUAGCCGCGGCCAAUCUAAAAAGUGGAAUAUUUAAUCUGAAAGUGGCUGCCACCGAUGGGGAGUUUUUCUCAGAUUCUACGUUUGUGAACCUCACUGUUGUCAGAGGGAGGACGGCACCGAGGGGGUUCAACUGCAAGGACACGCAGAUGGCCCAGCUGUUGGCAGAGAAAAUGCUCACCAAGGCAGCUGCUAUGGCGACCCCGAAAGUGGCAGAGACCUAUGCAUAUGCUUUCUCUCAGAACACACAAGCUCCACAGUUUGAGUCUUUUCCCAGCAGUAUUUUGGUCCGGGAAGACCUCGUCCCUGGCACCAGUGUGUUCCAAGUGAGGACACGAGAUAGUGACGCGGGCUUCAACGGCCGAGUUCUCCACGCCAUAUCUCAAGGGAAUCUAGAAAGCUGCUUCAAUAUCGACAUGGACGAUGGCUUGAUAACCGUGUUAGAGCCACUGGACCGCGAGAGGACGGAUCGGUACUUUCUUAAUAUCACCGUCUACGACCAGGGCUUUCCACAGAUGACCAGUUGGCGGUUGUUGACCGUGAUCAUCGACGACGCCAAUGACAAUGAUCCCCAGUUCACUCAGGACUGCUACUCCGCCCUGGUCGCCGAGAACUCUGCCAUCGGUCUGGAAGUUAUCACCGUUGGCGCCUUGGAUAAAGACAUGGGUCAAAACGGCCAGUUGUCCUACACCCUGCUGACCAGCGUCCCUCAGUUUGACAUCAACAGAGAGACUGGAGGUGUGUUUGUGGCGAGCCAGCUGGACCGGGAGGCCUUUCCGACUUUCAGCCUGAAGGUGGAGGCCAGAGACAAGGCAGAGAGAGGCACCCAAAGGUCAGCGGUGACCACACUUAGUAUUAUCAUCGGCGACGUGAAUGAUUGUGCCCCAGCCUUCAUCCCUGCCAGCUACAGCACCAGGGCACUGGAAGACCUUCCAGUGGGGACUGUGAUCACCUGGGUCCAGGCUCAGGACCCAGACCUAGGUCUUGGAGGCCAGAUCCAAUACUCCUUGAUGAAUGACUUUAACGGCACCUUUGAGGUAGAUGCUUCGAGCGGGGUGUUGAGGAUUGGGAAGGAGCUUGACUAUGAGAAGCAGCAGUUCUACAAUUUGACUGUAUUGGCUGCAGACAGAGGGACUCCCAGCCUCAGCACUCAGUCAUUUGCUGAGGUCGAGGUGGUCGACGUCAAUGAGAAUCUGUAUGCACCCUACUUCUCUGACUUCGCUGUGAGGGGCUCGGUGAAGGAGAACUCUCGUGCGGGCACAAGCGUUCUGGCGGUCAGCGCUCAGGACGAUGACAAAGGCCGGGACGGGGUGCUGAGGUACUCUAUCAGCGGCGGCAGCGGACUGGGCACCUUCUCCAUCGACGAAGAAACAGGUGUGACGGUGAUCGACGGCCCGGUGACGACCAGGCAGUCCACGGUGUGGGUCAGAGUUCACGUCCUGGACCAGAACGACAACCCGCCCUUCUUCCCCGAGGCGGCCUAUCGCAUCAGCCUCCCGGAGCGCGACCGCAACAAGCGCGGCGACCCCGUGUACCGCGUGUUCGCGUACGACCCCGACCUGGGCGCCAACGGCAACAUCACCUACAGCAUCGCCGACGGCAACGCCGACGAGAAGUUCACCAUCGACCCCCGGACCGCACUGGUGUCGUCCAGGAAGAUGGUGACGGCGGGGGCGGCGGACGUCCUCACGAUUAAGGCAGAGGACAGUGGUGAACCCCCACUCUCGUCCACCACCCGACUGCAGAUAGAUUGGAUCCGCAAGCCCGUGCCCUCGCGCCUGCCCCUGCUGUUCGCUCAGAGGCACUACAACUUCUCCGUCCCGGAGACGGCGGGCGUGGCCCAGCCCGUGGGGGUCGUCUCCGUCCGGCAGUCCAGCACGCCGCUCUGGUUCGAUAUCAUCGGCGGACGUAUAGCCCGAGAGAUGUUCUACAUCCCCCAGAAUGCCUGUGGACGGAACUGCUCCCUGGAAACAGGGAGCUUCGAUAUGCAGCUUGACCUUCAGAUGGGCGUGGGGACCGUGGUGGUGGCCCGGCCCCUGGACGCCGAGCUCCAGUCCGUCUACAACAUGACCUUACAGGUGACGGAUGGGACCAGCGUGGCCACAGCCCAGGUGUUUAUCCGUGUCCUGGACACCAACGACAACAGCCCCGUGUUCUCCCAGCCGGCGUACGACGUCAGCGUGUCCGAGGACACGGCGGUGGACGUGGAGCUGGUGCGCGUCCGGGCGCUGGACGCCGACGACCGCGCCCGCCUCAGCUUCUCCAUCUACAGCAGCGUGGACCCGGCCAGCAUGCGCAUGUUCCGGGUCAACCCGGGCACCGGGGCCGUGUACACGGCCGACCGGCUGGACUACGAGGCCCGGACGCAGCACAUCCUCACCGUGAUGGUCAAGGAUCAGGAGUUCCCCUUCAACCGGGACCUGGCCCGCGUCCUGGUGGCCGUGGAGGACUCCAACGACAACACGCCCUACUUCACCAGCGCCCUGUACGACGCCGUGGCCUUGGAGUCCUCCCCGGCGGGCACCUCCGUGAUGCAGGUGACCGCCCUGGACAAGGACAACGGCUUCAACGGUCUGCUCACCUACAGCAUAGAAGCAGGGAACUCAGCCGGUUUGUUUGGGAUCGUUAACUCCACCGGUGUUAUCUCCACUGCGAGGAGCCUGGACUUCACCUCGGUGGGCUCCUACAUUCUGAGCGUGCGGGUCGUGGAUGGCGGGUCCCCCCAGCUAAUGGCGAGCGCCACGGCCCGCAUCUCCCUGACCCUCUCGGACGUCUCCAGGCCAACCUUCACCCAGAGAGAGUACCAGGCCGAGGUGAUGGAGAACCGUACCGCGGGCGCCCUGGUGGCCGUCAUCGCCGCCGUGGGUCGCUCGGCGCUGGUGUACGACAUCACCGACGGCGACGAGGAGCGCUGCUUCCUGAUGAACCCCUACACCGGCGCCGUCACCCUGCGCAAACCCCUGGACUACGAGCGCGCGACGUCCUACUCCCUGGUGGUGCGGGCGUUGAGCGUGGCGGGGGUGGAGGCCAGCACCACCCUGACGGUGCAGGUGGGGGACGUCAACGACAGCCCGCCCCUCCUGCAGCGAGUCAGAUACGUGGGUGUGAUCAGCGAGGCUGCCCCUGUCAACAGCGUGGUCCUUGGGGAGGACGGCUUCCCUCUGGUGAUCCAGGCCUCUGACGAGGACCGCAACCACAACGCCCUGCUGGUCUUCCGCAUCAUCGAGGAGACGGCCCGAAUGUUCUUCAGCGUGGACUCGGGCACCGGAUCGAUCCGAACAAUUUCCACCCUGGAUUACGAGACCUUCCCGGAGUUUGUUUUCCGUGUUCAUGUGAGAGAUAGCGGCCAGCCUCCCAGAUCUGCCGAGAGCCCCGCAGAGGUGCUGCUGAAGGUGGUCAACAUCAACGACUCCCCGCCGCGGUUCUCCCAGGACUCGUACGAGGCGGUGCUGCUACUGCCCACCUACAAGGGGGUGGAGGUCCUCAGGGUGGAGGCGUCGGACCCCGACCUGACCCGUGACCCCGGCCCGGGGUCGCCCGAGACGGCCCUCAACUCCACCCGGCUCCUCUUCUCCCUCGCCGACGGGGGUCUGGAGAAUUUCGCGUUGGACACCGCCACUGGCGUGGUGACGGUCACCAACGGCAACCUCCAAAACGACCGCUACGUCUUCACCGUCAAGGUGUGGGACGGCCGCUUCUCGGCGACGGCGGCGGUGACGCUGGUGGUCCGGGAGGUGGCGGUCGACGGCGGGCUGCGCUUCACCCUCCCGGCGUACGCCGCCAGCGUGGCGGAGAACUCCACCCACGUCACCGUGGUGACGGUGGUCAGCGCGGCGGGCCACGCCCUCGGCGAGCCGCUCCGCUACGCCCUCCUGAACCCCGGCGGGAGGUUCUCCGUCAGGCCCACCUGCGGAGCGGUGAUGACCACCGGCGUGGCGCUGGACCGCGAGGAGCGGGACCGCUACGAGCUGGUGCUGGAGGUCCGCCGCGAGAGGGACGUGUCCCGGGUGGCCCGCGUCACGGUGCAAGUGCAGGUGGAGGACGUGAACGACAACGCCCCAGAGUUCGUGAACCUGCCGUACUACGCGGCGGUCCAGGUGGAGGCGGAGCCGGGCCGGGUCAUCUACAGGGUCUCGGCCUCGGACCGGGACCUGGGCCCGAACGGGGAGGUGACCUACAGCCUCCUGGAGCAGCACAGGAACUUCCAGGUGAACGCCGUGACGGGGGAGCUGAGCCUGAACAGGAGCUUCGAGGCCGACGUCUCCAACGCCGAGUACCGUGUGGUCGUGGUGGCGACGGACGGCGGCGUCCCGCCCCUCUCGGGCCGGGUGGAGCUGCCCGUCACCGUGGUGAACAAGGCCAUGCCCGUGUUCGACCGGCCCUUCUACGGCAUCAGCGUGCGCGAGGACGCCCCGCCCUCCUCCUCCGUGCUGGCCGUGGACGCCACCGGCCCCGAGGGCCGCCGGGUCAUCUACACCCUGGAGGACGGCGACCCGGGCUCCCAGUUCGACGUGGGCUUCGACAGCGGCGUGCUCCGCGUGGUCUACCCCCUGGACUACGAGGGCGCCCGCUACUACAGGCUGACGGUGAAGGCCACCGACCCUCAGACCGGCGCCCGCUCCGAGGUGGACGUGGACGUGGCCGUGCUGGACGUCAACGACAACCCGCCGCUGUUCCGCAACGCGUCGUACGCGGCCACGCUGCCGGAGAACGCCAUGACCGGGACCACCGUGUUGAAGGUGUCGGCACAGGACCAGGACUCUGAGCAGAACGCGGCGGUGAGCUACCAGAUCGUGGCCGACCUCUACAACAGCACCGACUACUUCAGCGUGGACAACGCCACGGGCGCGGUGGUGACAGCGCGCAUGCUGGACUUCGAGCUGGUCCAGCGCUACGACUUCAUUGUGCGGGCGACGGACGGCGGGGACCCCGCGCUGGGCAGCGACGUCAGCGUCACCGUGACCGUGACCGACACCAACGACAACCCGCCGGACUUCAGCCAGCCGCUCUACGAGGCGUACGUCAGCGAGCUGGCUCCCCGGGGACACUUUGUGACCUGCGUGCAGGCGUCCGACGCCGACGUCUGCGACGCCGACAAAUUAAGGUACAGCAUCGUCUCCGGCAACGAGAGGAUGACCUUCACCAUGGACGCCCGUAGCGGGGUGCUCAGUCUGUCGAGCAAGCGGAGGCAGGGCCUGAAGCCCUCCUACCAGCUCAAUGUGUCCGUGUCCGACGGCGUGUUCACCAGCACCGCUCAGGUGACCGUGCGCGUGCUGGGGGCCAACCUGUACAGCCCAGUGUUCAGCCAGAGGUUCUACUUGGCUGAGGUCCAAGAAAAUGCUCCUCCGGGGUCAAAGGUCAUUCAGGUCCGUGCCACAGACGAGGACUCUGGGCUGUUUGGCCAGAUCACCUACUCCUUCAUCAACGACCUGGGGAAGUCCCAGUUCACCAUCCACGCCGACGGACUCAUAGCCACCGCGCAGACGCUGGACCGAGAGAACCCGGUCAACAAGGACAUGGUGCUCACCGUCAUGGCCCUGGACGGAGGAGGCCGCGCGUCCUUCUGCACGGUGCGGGUGGUCCUGGGGGACGAGAACGACAACGCCCCCCGCUUCCGGGCGGUGGAGUACCGCAUGAGCAUCAAGGCCAACGUGGGCAAGGGCUCGCUGGUCACCCAGAUCCAGGCCACGGACGCCGAUGCCGGGCUCAACGCCAGGGUGACCUACUCCCUGUACAGCGAGGCGCGCCACUCCCUGGUGGACGUGCUGGAGGUGGAGCCGGACAGCGGCUGGAUGAUGACCAAGAGCACCGUGGCCCACCUCCAGGGCGCCGUGCUGUCCUUCUUCGUCAAGGCCUCGGACGGCGGCUCUCCCUCCAAGCACUCCCUGGUGUCGGCCUUCAUCCACGUGCUCCCGCCCGACGCCCUGGUGCCCUCCUUCAGCCAGCCGCAGUACUCCUUCACCCUGCCCGAGGACACGGCGGUGGGGGCGGCGCUGGGCUCCGUGUACCUGGGCCCCGGCCUGGCGGGGAGCUUCGGCCUGGUGGCCGGGGAGACCCCCGACAGCAACCGGGAGGGGACGUUCGCCGUGGACGCGGACACGGGGCUGAUCCGGCUGCUGCUGCCGCUGGACUACGAGAGGGUCAGCGUGUAUCGAUUCAAGGUAUCAGGAACCACGAGGAGGGACCUGACCGAGUCGGUGGCCACGGUGGACCUGGAGGUCAAGGUCCUGGACGUCAACGACAACCAGCCCGUGUUUGAGUCCAGCACUUACGUUGCCACGGUGUUGGAGGGGAUGCCAGUAGGGACCAGACUGAUCCAGGUGCGAGCGCUUGACCCCGACUGGGGCUCCAACGGACAGGUGACCUACAGCCUGGGCCCUCUCCUGACCCGGAACCCGGAGUCUAAGAAAGACCCCCGCUCCCAGAGCCCCCCCGGCGCCGCCACCCCGGCGCCGACGGCGGCCCCUCCCCCCCUGCCCUUCGCCAUCGACAGCAAGACGGGCUGGAUCACCACGGCCGCGCCCAUGGACCACGAGGCCUGCGCCGCCUACAGCUUCCGGGCGGUGGCCUCGGACCUGGGCGAGCUGGGGUCGCUGUCCGCCGCCACGGCCGUCACCGUGGCGGUGGCGGACGCCAACGACAACCCGCCGCGCUUCGAGCGCGAGUACUACCGCGGCGCCGUGCGCGAGAGCGACCCGCUGGGAGAGGUGGUGGCCGUCCUGAGCACGGCCGACCGGGACGGCAGCGAGGAGAACCGCCUCGUCAGCUAUUACAUCACGGGGGGUAACCCGCGGGGUGUGUUUGGCCUGGCCCUGGUGCAGGGGGAAUGGAAGGUGUACGUCAGCGGGCUGCUGGACCGCGAGCAGCAGGACUGGUACCUGCUCAACAUCACGGCCAGCGACGGCCUCUUCGUGGCCCGCAGCGCCGUGGAGGUGACCGUCAUGGACGCCAACGACAACAGCCCCAUCUGCAACCAGGCCGUGUAUAGUGCUGCCUUUCCCGAGGACAUCCCCACUAACAAGGGCAUCCUGACAGUGGGAGCAUCAGAUGCUGACUCAGGCUCCAGCGCUGAGCUCCAGUACUCGCUGUUUGGCAUCGGCGUCGAAGACUUCUACAUGGACGCCAACACCGGGGAGCUGCGCUCGGCCGCCCUCAUGGACCGCGAGCGGACGGCGGUCUACCGGCUCAUCGCCCAGGCCACCGACGGCGGGGGGCUCUUCUGCCGCUCGGAGGUCUCCCUGCGCCUGCUGGACGUCAACGACAACGCGCCCUCCUUCUCCUCCGGCGUGUUCGUGGCCAGCGUGGCCGAGAACGCCGCGCCCAAGGCCCUGCUGACCCGGCUGCAGGCCAGCGACCCCGACCAAGGCCUGAACCGUACGUUGGUGUACUCCCUGGUGGACUCGGCCGACGGCGUGUUCUCCAUCGAGCCGGUGUCGGGGGUGCUGGUGCUGGAGAGGACGCUGGACCGAGAGACCCAGGACUCCUACCAGCUCCGGGUUCAGGCCACGGACCAGGCCGGGCAGCCGGGGGCGCUGGCCUCACAGGUGGAGCUGACCGUGUUGGUGCUGGACGUCAACGACAACGCCCCGGUCUUCCAGAGGAGGGACUACACCGUCACAGUGCCGGAGGAUGUCGCCGUGGGAACCGAGGUGUUGCGGCUGUUCGCCACCAGCGUGGACAUCGGGCCCAAUGCCGAGAUCACGUACAGCGUCCGCUCGGGGAACGAGCUGCGGAUGUUCACAAUCAACGGCAGGACGGGCAUUAUUUCUGUGGCCGACGACCUGGACUUUGAGGUGUGCAAGGACUACUACCUGACCGUCGAGGCCUUGGACAGUGGGACUCCGCCCCUUAGCUCCGCUACCAUGGUGACCGUGGAGCUGAUGGACGUCAAUGACAACGCCCCCACCUUCAGCGAGGAGAUAUACAACGUGCUGGUCAGCGAGGACGCCUCCAUUGGCCAGACCAUUACCAGGCUGCUGGCUGAGGACCUGGACAGCCAGGUCAACGGCCACAUCACCUACUCCAUACUGAAGGGGGACCGUGGCAACCAGUUCUGGAUUGACCCCGUCACCGGCCUGCUCAAAGUCAAUAAGCGUUUGGACCGAGAGCUGGUAUCUAGGUACUCUCUCUCGGUGCAGGCGUUUGACAGUGGCUCCCCGGCCAUGUCCUCCACUGCCACCGUUAACAUCGACGUAUCUGACGUCAACGACAACCCCCCUGUCUUCUCCCCCCCCAACUCCACCGCCGUCAUCCAGUUGAACCAACCGGCCGGGGCCAGUGUCCUGCAGCUGACGGUGAAGGACCCCGACUCCCCCAGGAACGGCCCCCCGUUCGAGUUCCGCAUCGCCGCCGGCAACGAGGGGAACUACUUCUCCCUGGACCGGUCCGGGACGCUGCGGACCACACGGGUGCUGGGACCCCAGGCCCGCCGAGAGUUCACCCUGGAGAUCCAGGCCAGUGAUUCCGGCCGACCCCGUCUGGCCUCCUCCUCCUGGGUGUACCUGAGGGUCAUCGGGAACAGCCAAUACAAGCCCUCCGUCUCGCCGCUGGAGGUCUUCAUCGUCAUGGUGACCGACUCCUUCCCGGGCGGCCCCGUCGGCCGCAUCUACGCCACGGACCGCGACGUGAACGACGUCCUCUCGUACACCCACAGGCCCGCGCUCAGGAGCAUGUUCCAGGUCAACCGGCAGGACGGCAGCAUCGUGGCUCUGCCGGGGCUGGAGCCCGGCAGGUACCAGCUGAACGCCACGGUGAGCGACGGCCGCUUCGCCGUCAUCGCCGACGUGUCCGUGCGCGUGGAGCAGCUGACGGAGGUGGUGCUGCGCAGCGCGGUGGCCGUGCGCUUCAGCUCGCUCUCCCCGGAGGACCUCCUGGGCCGCUACCUCGGCCAGGUGCGUCUGAUGCUCCGCUCCCUGGGGGCCUGGGCCUUCCCGCCGGGCCAGGUGGACUUCAUCCACGUGCUGGGCGUGCAGCCGGUGGACGGCGCCGGCGACGUGGACCUGUUCCUGGCCAUGGAGCGGCCCUCGCAGCCGGCGGGGACCGGGGGUGGAGGUGGAGGUGGCGGAGGCGGAGGCGGAGGUGGUGGUGGGGGAGACGGCUUCUUCUCCCCGCAGGAGCUGGCGGAGAAGCUGGCGGAGGCCCGGGCGCGCGGCCAGUUCCGGGGGGUGCUGGCGGGGGCGGAGGUGCUGGACCAGACCUGCUCCGGGGAGCUGGACUGCGGGGACAUGGUGUGCGAGCAGACCCUGGUGAUGGCGCCGCGCGCCACGGUCACCUACAGCACCGAGCGGGUCAGCCUGGUGUCCCCCACGUUCAGACGCAUGGAGGCCUGCACGUGCCCCGGGGGAUUCUGCUCCACUCCUCUUGAGCUCUGUGAAGGUCAAUCCUGUCCAUCAGACAUGCAGUGUGUACGCUCCGGUGUGACAGCGCCCUCUGUCUGCCAGUGUCAGCCCGACAGGCUGGACGAAUGCGCCGGCCAGACCUCGCUGAGCUUCUCUGGGAACAGCUACAUCAAGUACAGGGUGACGGAGACGGCGGCAGGCGGGGAGAUGAGACUGGGCCUGAGGAUCAGAACCCUUCAGGCCAGGGGGGUCAUCAUGUUCUCCCGCACCAACCCCUGCACCAUGCUGAAGAUCGAGGGCGGCCGACUGUGGUUCCAGCUCGAGUGUGACAACACGCUCGGCAUCAUGGGGAUCUCCGGCCGUCCGAUCAACGACGGCCUGUGGCACGCCGUGGCCCUGGAGCUCACCCACAACUACAGCCUGCUGUCGCUGGACGACAGCUACGUGGAGCGCCGCCGCGCCGCCCGGGCCCCCGUCCGCCUCUGGCCCCUGGCCCCCGACUCCUCCUUCUUCUUCGGGGCCCAGGUGAGGCCUCCCCCGGGGCCGGGGGGGGAGCGCGGCGGCGCGGGGUCCGGGGCUAGCCAGAGCGAGGCCCCGGGGGACCCCAGGGACGCCAGGGGUCCCCCCAGGGCCCAGGACGGCUUCCAGGGGUGCCUGGGCUCGCUGCGGCUGAACGGCAACGAGCUGCCGCUGCAGAACAAGAGGAGCCGCUACGCCGAGGUGGCGGGCCUGAGCGAGGUGAAGCUGGGCUGCGUGCUCUACCCGGACCCCUGCGUCAGCCAGCCCUGCCUCAACGGGGCCCCCUGCAGCAGCCUGCCCUCCGGAGGUUUCGGGUGCAGUUGCAGCGCUGGGUUCACCGGCGGGCGCUGUGAGGUGGAGCUGACUUCCUGUCUGCCCAACCCGUGUCAGAAUGGGGGCGACUGCACGCCGGCGGGGGGCUCCUUCCUCUGCAGUUGUCCCCGGGGUCUCGUGGGACUUGUGUGCGAGGAGGAUGUCAACGAGUGUUUGAGAGAGGAGUGUGCGAACGGAGGGGUGUGUGUGAACACAUACGGGGCCUUCUACUGUAACUGCACCCUGGGCUUCGAGGGACAGCUCUGUGGGGCCCCCAGCGAUGACGAGGGUGACACACAGGCGGAGCCCCUGUCCUACAUCGGCCCCGGGGAGAUGGUCGGCAUCGGGGUGCUGGUCCUCGUGGUCGCCGUCCUGCUCGUCGUCUUCGUGGGCUUCAGGAAGAAGAUCUCCCUGAGGAAGGAGUCGGACGGCGGGGGCGGGGCCGGGGGCCGGCCCGCCAUGGGCGUCUCCACGGUGACCUCGGAGGCGGGCUACAUGCUGCGAGAGAAAGGCGGCGGCACGGCGGGCAUGGAGUUCCAGGCCAUGCGAGCGUCGGCGGGCUCUUCCUCGGGGACCUCCGGUUGCUUCGGCGACGGAGGCGGAGUCGGCGGCGGCGGCGGCGGCGGCGGCGGCGGCGGCGGCGGGGGGGGGGGUCCGCCUCAGGUCAUGGUGCGGCCCAACUGCCACUCGCCCAAGCUGCCGGGAGACCUGUGCGGGGGGCGGGGCGCCCAGAGGACCAGCGGGGACCGGGCACGUCCAGCGAGGGCAGCCAGUUUUCUCCCUCAGUUGAGCAGCUUCCUCUCCGACACGUCUCACCUCCGGGGCGGGGCCAGCAGGAGGGGCGUGGCCGUGUGCAGCGUCGCGCCCAAUCUCCCGCCGGCGUCUCAGCGUCACUCGGAGCAUAGCCCCGCCCACAAGGUGUCCUGGGACUCGGUGGGGGGGCACGGGGGCCAGAGGGGCCAGCCGCUGGACGACCGGGAGCAGGAGUGGGGCCAGAGGGCCUUCCAGCUGGAGAGGACCCAGAGAGGGGACUCCAGCCCACCGGAGGAGGCAGCUGAUUUGCUGGAGGAGGCUCAGUGCUUCUCGGACAGCCUCUCCGAGGCCCGUUCUCUCAGCUCCUUCACCUCAGAGUCCGUCGAUGACAACGCCUCGAUUGUGACGGUCAUACGUCUUCCCAACAAUGCUGUUGGCAGUAUCGAAAGCGACGCGGGUCCCCACACGCGCCGCGAUGAGGGUGUCUGCGCGGAGCGGGUCAAAGACUACAUCGUGGAUUCGUACCACUGGAAGUCCCCCCCGCAGACCUCCAUGUGGCUGUCCCCGUCCCGCCUGAGGCCCCCAGAGCUGGCCUCCCACUGGGACUUCAGCGAGGCCCAGCAGGCCAUCCGACGGGGGGGCAGCAUGCGCUCCCUCCAGCUAGACUACCGGCUGGCGAGCCCCGGGGCCCCGGACGGCGCCCGGGGCCCCGGGGCCCGGGCGGAGCCCGCCGGGACCACCUUCCAGUGGGACAGGACCCGUUCCUCGCCCGUCUACGAGGAAUACCGGGGGGCCCAGCAGGAGGCGGAGCCGGAGGGCCUCUACGACACGCUGCCCCCGACGCGCCGCGCCUACGAGGGGAUACCGCCGCCCCCCGGCCUCCACCUGCACCCGGCCCAGCUCCAGCCCCCGCUGCGGGCCUGGGACGGGGGCGGACGGAGGAGUGCCUGGGACCAGAGGCCGAGCCGGGGGAGCAGGGCGGGGCGGGGGGGGGCCGGGGACGAGCUGGAGAGACUGCUGAACCUGGUGUCGCUCCGCGCCCGUAGAGCCACGCGGACACACAGGUCGUCCACCGGCUCCGAACCCGCCCCGGGGUGGGACGGAUUUUAAUCAGUAACGCACACACACACACACACACGCACACAGGGACAGACACACCGACACACACACACACAUAGAGACACACACACACAAACACACAUACAGUACACUAAUGACUAGUCCAUGAGCCCAAGAUCCUAGGUUCCCUUUUGUUAUUAACUUUUGGCAAAGUCUUGUCCCUUUCCGAUUAUUGACGUUCGCAGAACAACAUCAUUGCAGUAUUUUGUAAACAAUAGAGCAAACGUUCUGGGCACAGCAUUAAAGGAAAACACGUUAAUAUAUUCAGCUGAAUCCCGUAUUGAACACUAUGUUGCUCUUCA